UAAUAAACCAUAACUAUGUAUUACUACAGUGUCAAUAAUUAGCCUUUAACCCAUUUCUCAAUUCAACGUAAACCAACUCCGGUUUAAGAUAAGAACAAUCAAGGGCAGUUUCGUAAUAAUAUAACAAAACUAUGUCCACGUAAUGAAGUGAGUCACAAGACCUCAAGUUCCUUCUAUAAAUUGCGUUGCCUCUGUUCCAUUAAGAGUAUCAUCACUCCAAAAUUUCUUAACCUGUGGCAACAUCCCAAACCAUUAUUAGCCUCUUUUAAGAAACCAAUUCCAAAGAUUCUAAUUAGGAAAUAAAAAGUCUAUAAAGAGAAGAGAAGUGAUUCAGUUGUGGUGGGGUGUUAGAAUAUGAAAUUCUUGUUGGAACUCGUCGUGCCUUGUUUUGGUUCACAGCAGUUCCAAGAAUCCACCGCCACAGCCGCGGACGAUUCGGUUUCAGACGAAUCGCAAACGCUAAUGAAACAGCGAAGGAGGCGGAAACGCGUUAGAGUGGCUGGUCAACCUGGACAACAAGUGGCAGAGUGGAGACCGUCACUUAGCGUGAUCUCGGAGAACAAACCGGCUAUAAAGAAAUCGGUAAAGCACGAAGAGAAGAAGAAAGUUCGUCGGAAAAGCGAAGGCAACGACGGCGGAGACGCGUCGUCACGAUCGGGCGGUGGUCAUGUUCGUUUCCGUAGUGACGAUUUCGGGAGCGAUGCUUUCGAACCGGUGAUCCCGGCGUUCUCACCGACUCCGUUCAUGUUUUGAGUUGAUCUUUUAAAAAAGUUUAUUAUGGAGUUUAUUAUGCGUAUGAAUAUGUAUAGUAGCAAUAAAUAUGUUAAUGGAAGGAUGUAGCACUAUUAAUGUAUGUAUAUAUUGCUUUGAUAUUAUAAUUACUACCACCGAAA